AUGGUCAAAACAUCAGGAAUGACUCCGAAAUUACGCUGUGUUGAGGAAGUUCCUGAAAAACCAAAAUGCAGUAACAGCCAUACCACGAAGAUCUUAAUAUUUGUGGUUUUCGUGUUCUUUGGUGUGUGUCAAGUUCAGAUUCUUGUGAACAGAGAGCGAUCCGUGGAUGUUGCAAAUAUUUUACGCGAAAUUCAAAAGGCGAGCGAACGCAUCGAAGAAUUCGAGUUGUCGCUUGUCAAAGUUGAAAACACCUUGGAGGUUCUUCAUGCCGAGUUGGGGACAAAAGCAACGCUACACCGGCAGAAACGGCAAAGUAAAGGAGGUUCCUUUCGCCAGAAAAUACGACAGAUGAGGCAGUACCUGAAAAAGACACGACAGAGGUAUGGCAUUUUGCAAUGUUUACGAGGUGAU